GUGAAUUUCUGCUCUUCGGAAGUCAAAUAAAAAUAAUCUCGUCUCAGACAGAAUUCACCACACCGCAAAUCAAAACAACUUUCGUCAUCCGAGCCAAUGGUCAAAAUAAGAGAUCUGCCUGAAGAAGUGUUGAUACUUAUCUUCAGUUACCUAAAACUACGGGAGCGUAAGAUAGCAUCGCGCGUUUCCCAGCAAUGGAAUCGACUGGCAUUCACCGACCGGCCAAUGAGGGCCGUAGUGCUUCAUGUGGUCGACUACCUCAACGCAAAGGAGCGGAAGAUCCUUCUGAAGAGCAAUCGCUGCUACCGUAACCUAACACUGGAAUGGACCGAAGCAUCCAGUGUGCCCUUUUUGGUGGACGUCGUCGAUAAGUUUGGCGAGGAGCUUCAUUCGCUGAAGCUGGCCACCUACGUGGUAACGCCGCCGAUUCUAGUUAGAUUCCUACUGAAGGCACCGAAUCUGAGGCAGCUCAUUGUAGAGGGAAGUGUGUGCAACGAGGAUUGCGACAUGGUUCUACCUGCGUUCGGGCAGCUCAAGGCACUGGAAAUGACGCAGCGAGGGUUCGAAAGUGAACUGCGUGAAGUGAUUCCCAAAUUGUUCCCUAGCGUGGUUUCAUUGGAUUUGGUUGGCGCGGAAGAUGCUGCGAUCGAUUUGAUUGCUUCCUAUGGGAACCAGCUGAGGGGUUUGCACGUCCUAUUGGAAUUUUCGCAGUUUCGGCGGUUCUCCAAUUUGAAUUGUUUGAAUGGAUUGGAGAGGAUGCAUGUGUCGUGGCCGCAGCCUAGCGAUUUCAGGCAGGUUUUCAGUGUGUUCGAGCAGAUGGAAGCGAUUCAGUGUGCGUCGCUCACCGGGCCGGUGAAUGAAGCCACGUUCGAUCUCAUCUGUAGACGGUGGAAAAACCUGACUAGUCUGUGUGUGAAUGUACAGUCUCUCAAAGCUGCCAGUUUCAAAACUAUUACUGCUUUGAAAAAAUUAAAGGUUCUGAAGCUGCAAGGGUCGAUAAGGGAUAACAAUUUUCUGAAGGAUAUUGAACUGCCGUCGGUUACUCACUUGAUGCUGGACGGAAUCUCAACAAAUAAUGGGUUCUACAAUCACAUGUCAACAUUCGUUCCUAAUGUUUGGAUGCUCAAAAUCUACGAUCAUACAUUUGAAAAUGCUCAACUACGACUGAUUACUAAAACAAUGACUUCCUUGCGAGUCCUUGCGCUGGAUUAUUGCUAUCAAAUCAAAGACGAAGGGUUCCAGCUUUUGAACAAUCUGACAAAGCUUCUGGAGCUCCGCUGCUGGUCCAUAUCGAUAUCGGAAAACGCAUUUAUUCGCUUCCCCAAGUGUCCCAAUUUGCGGACAUUUAGCGUGGGUGGUAGUGGCUGGGUACCAUAUAUAACCAACAAAACCGUGUUGGACAUUCCGAAGGCGUUCCCAAACUUGAAGGAAUUGCACGUGGUGGAUUGCUUCAAGGUGGACGAGGAUACGAUCUAUACGCUGCAGGAGCGUAUGCGAAAGUGUGCUGUCGUGCGACUGGACAAGCCGGAGAUCGAUCGGGACAUGGAAGCCGUCUGGAAUUGGAAUUAAUGUGAUAAAUGGGCGAAUCGCUUGAAGCAAUAUUUGUUUCACAUUGUACCAUCAUUUGCAUGCUGCCUAUGUAUAUGGCUUUAUCUUAAUUUGGAUCUAACUUAGUAAUGAAUAACUGCCGAGGAUCUCUUGUAGACCUUUCAGUUAAAACACGUCGAAGUAUAUACGAACUUAUUUUGUUAUUUUUUGUACCAAUAAUAGGCAAUAAAAUAUAGAAUUUUCAAUUUA